GAAUAAAUAACCGAUAAUGCGUACACACAACAACAAUGGCGGGUCUUACGCUCGGAAGGGGUUUCAGUUUCACGUAAAGAAAGCACUUUGAUUUCUGGAUUUCAAAGCCCAUAACCUGCAAUCUUAAACUAUUUCUUACCUUAUCAGUGCUUGUCCUACAGAAAAUGAAAAUCGUGAAACCGGGCUGGGUUAACCAUGAUGGUAAGCCUGUUUUCUCUGUGGACUUCCACCCUGAUGGUUCAAGAUUCGUCACUGGUGGACAGGGUGAAGACUAUGGCAAGAUUGUCAUCUGGAACAUGGCGCCUGUACGGGAUGAGAGCCUGGAGAAUACUCAAGGAGUCCCCAAGAUCUUGUGCCAGAUGAACAACCACUAUGCCUGCGUCAAUUGUGUACGCUGGUCUCACAACGGUAAGUUUUUAGCAUCCGGCGGAGAUGAUAAGUUGGUGAUGAUAUGGCAGACGAGCCGUGCAGCGGGUCCCUCGAAAGCAUUCGGGUCAACUGGCAGUGUGGUCAUCCAUGAGCAGUGGCGGCCAGUGCAUACUCUCAGGGCUCAUUCAGGGGAUGUACUGGACUUGAACUGGUCCCCACAAGACAUAUGGCUGGCCACUUGCAGUGUUGACAACACAAUCAUUAUCUGGAAUGCUCUCAAAUUUCCUGAACAAGUGGCCACUCUUCGGGGUCACAGUGGGAUGGUCAAAGGUGUAACCUGGGACCCUGUGGGAAAAUAUCUUGCUACUCAGUCUGAUGAUCGCACUGUGCGGGUUUGGAGGACGAUGGAUUGGCAGCAAGAGUCAGUGAUCACAGAACCAUUCAAAGAGUGUGGUGGGACGACUCACUCGCUGCGACUGAACUGGUCACCAGACGGUCAUCACGUGGUAUCUGCUCAUGCCAUGAACAACUCGGGCCCCACGGCUCAGAUCAUCGAGCGACAGGGCUUCAAGGCCACUCUGGACUUUGUUGGUCACCGCAAGGCUGUCACUGUGGUGCGAUUCAACCCAAACAUGUUCACAAAGUCAUCAAAAGGAGAUAAGUCCCAGCCCUACUCUUGUUGUGCUGUUGGCAGCAAGGACAGAUCUGUUUCCAUUUGGCUGACCUGUUUGAAAAGACCUCUGGUGGUGAUGCAUGAUUUGUUUGAAAAUUCCGUCCUAGAUUUAUCAUGGAGUCUUAGUGGCCUUGAACUACUUAUCUGCUCCAUUGAUGGCACUGUCGGCUUUCUUGAGUUCUCAGCGGAGGAAAUUGGCUGGGCUCUCACCAAAGAAGACAUGACUGGUCUGCUGGAGUCUGUCUAUGGCAAAAGCAUAUCCCUCAAUAUGGCUACUAGUGUUGGGUCCCAAAUCAUCGAGUCGGCAGCCAUGUUGAAUCUUCAGGAGCAGCAGAAGAGCAAGGAGGCAAAGGUCAUCGCCAUGACGCCCACCAAAAACAGCAACAUGUCCUCGCAGAUGUCAGCCAGUGGAGACAACACUCCUUUCAAGCCUGUGGAUAAGCAAAUUGAGACGCGCACGGCUGAUGGAAGGAGAAGGAUCACUCCGAUAUUUUUGGCUCCGCAGCCAGAAUUUGGGGAAGUUCCUUUGCCAUUCACGUCCAACUCUAACAUCGGUUUCCACUCAUCGUCGGAGAAGAGCAAAAUUGUUGUGGAGAAGCAGAACAGAGUGACUGCCCCUGGCAUGCUGUCGCCGUCGUCGGGUUCCAAAUCGAUGCCGUCGCCUCCCAUAAGUGCACUUGCUGCAGCAGCGGUGGCAGCAGGAGCAGCAGUGAGGGAUGCACUGAGCUCUUCAUCGCAACAUGCGCAGUCAUUGAAGGCUGGUGGGGAGGCUGUGCUGGAGAAGGCACAGGCCAAGGUGGGUCCAGAAGGCACGCCGGAGAAGACAGCUCUCAAAGUGUUGCAGGCUGCCAAUGAGACGACUCCAGAGAAGACACCAAUGACGACGACCUCAAACAAAUUGUUGCUGUCUGCGGCAAGUCAAGAGCGGAGCUCCCCCCAGGUGGAAAAAGUUUCAUCGAGUGAGAAAUCGGACAAGUCAUCAGUGGCAUCUCCCGUCGUGCCCGAAAAGUCAAAGGCUGGGGAAAAGGUCAAGGACUCUGUGGGGAAAGACUCUGCCAAGGACAAGGUCAAGACAAAGUUGCCGUCAGGUCUGAGCCUCAAGAGGAAGCUUGGGGAGGACAAGAGGUAUAGAUAUGGCAAAAGAGGUCGGCCCAGCAAAGUGGAUCAGGCGGCUCGAGAAGCAGCAAUGGCAGCCGCAGCAGCAGAGGCACUGGGGAUGAGCACGCCAAAAUCUGGGGCUGCCUCAGUUCCUGGGCCAGUUUCUGCUUCCGCUCCUGGAACUGCGACGGCAGCUACGAACGCGGGUGUACGGGUGAUGCCGGCAAUCCCUCGACUCAAGCUGACGCCGCUGUCCCUUGGCAAGUCUAUCUCCAAAGUGCUGUCAGAAGUGUCCGGGGAGGCGGGGCCUGUGACGCUGGAGGUGGAGAACAGCCUGGAGGUGGGCGUGGCCAGACUGCACCGCCUGAGACUACUGCGAGGGGGCCGGCCCGUCUGGGAACACAUGCUGACCUCGGAGGUCGCAGAGGUCGUUGGCUCAAGGGAGGUUGUUUGUGCUGCCUGUGUCAAUGGGACUGUCUCGGUAUUCAGUAUUGGAGGUCGGAGGUUAUUGCCGGCCUUGGUCAUAGGCUCCAGCCCAGCGGUGCUUGCUUGUUCAGGGCAUCACGUGAUGGCUGUCAGCGACAAGGGGCAACUGUUUGUAUGGAACUUCCAAACACUGCAGGCCACAGUCAAGCAGGAGUCUUUACUGGCUGUCAUGUCAGAAAAAGAUAGCUUGGAGCAGGCUACCGUGACCAGCGAGGGAGUCCCUGUCAUCACACUGGCCAAUAGGAAGUCAUACUGCUACUCCGUGGACAUUGGCUGCUGGAUCCUGGCCCAGGAGCCAGACGACCGUCUGCAGGCUAGCUCCGCCCACCAUCAGUGCACACCGACGAGACUCCGCCCCCUGGGACCUUUAUCUUCGAUUCAGAAGUCUUCCAGGCCCAGCGACCAAGCCUCUCGCUCCUUCCAGUCCGUGCCGGCCAUGAGGCAGUCGGUGACCUUGAGCCACCUGGAGUCUCAGAUGGCCACCAGCCUCGUUCUCAAGUCGGGCAGCGAGUGGAAGUUCUGGCUGGAGACCUACAUUCGCUACUUGGCCCAGGAGGGCGUGGAGGACAAGCUGCGUGAGGUGUGUGACGACCUUCUGGGCCCAGUUUACAAGUCGCGGUCGUCCAAAAAGUGGUCUCGUUACAUCUUGGGAGUGGACAAGCACGCAGUCCUGCGCAGUGCUCUCCCUUCAAUUGGUGCUGAUCUUAAGUUCCAGAGACUCUACACCGAGUACAAAGACCAACUGGACAUGGUCUAGUCCUCUUGAUUUGACCAUGGAUGUCGUGGAUGACAGAACAAUUGUUUUGUUGGGGUUUUUACCAACGUGGACUCACUGCCAAUACUGUUUGACUUACAAGAUGUUCCCUGGUGAAGCAUUGUCAAGGUAGCUGUUCCCAUCCGGUUGUGAAGUGCUGAGGAGGUACAAGGUACUCAUAACUUCUUUGUUGGAGGUCUGAGGCCUUACCAUUUGACUAGGAUGCCCCCUAUUGUGUGUUCAUACACUACUGUGGGCUAUCAUGGAAAGAAUCCGUGACCUAUGCUGUUUGAGGCACUGGCCGUGGUCAGGAAGAGGGAAAAAAUCCCUUGUCGUGGCAUUUCUAUUAGAUUUCAGAAGCUUCAUCAUCUGCAGAGUUCGUUGUAAUUGACAGCGAUAAUGGCAGUGACGGUUAUCACACUUGCUCUUUUGCCAGUUUUUGCUACUGGUUGUUAUUUUCCUUAUGACUGACGGCAUUUUGAUUUCCAUUUAGCAGAGAAUAGGGGACCGCGCAUCCAUCUAUGCUGGAUUCAACGAAACCUCAGAUUCGAUGAAAAGAAAGAAUUCCAAAAAUCAAAAACACCCUCAUUAAAACCACCAAUGCUCGAGAUUGUCAUACCUUGCCAUCUAGGAAGUUUUGGAAUCCUCAGAAUGGAAUGUUGGAGCCAACUAAGUUGUUGAAUGCGGGGUUCUCUGUUCGGUACAAGUUUAUCAUUGACAUUUCAUUAUUCAUCAUCAAUUGUGUACAGAUGUUCAAACAAAUAAAUGACAAUUGUUUUUGAUAAUUUGA